AUGACUGGACCUCGAGGACCUCGAAGGGCUGGCUGCGGCCGGCCGCGGGUAAAUGCUCGUCCCCAACGUGCUCAGGAUCCGAACGCUUGUGUCCCUUGCCAGGGCAUCCAGCUCCCGUGUACCCCCACGGACUUUUUGCACGCUCACAAUUUCUCCAUCUGGUACAUGAGCGUAGAGUCCGAAGAGAGACGAUAUAGCCCCAUCAAGCAUUGCCUCAGAGCCAAUCUUAGAAAGAGUGUGGCCGAUCAAGCGUUUUACCACGCAUCCUAUGAUCUGCUUACCACAAAUGAGAUACCAGCGACCAGCUUAUCAGAAGAGGUUCGCAACACCAUCACGGAAAACUUUGACCAGCUUUUGAAUACAUCCAUGCCAAAGCUCGUUUAUUUGAGACGAGCCCUGAUGGAGCCCCGAGUUGUUGAUCCCAGGGACGUUUCAAGCAUGCUCAUCAACAAUCAACUGGUGCAGAUAGCGAGCCAGGUACAUGUCACGAUGGGAGAUCGCCUUGAAACCUUCCGAGUUAUUCAGUUUCCGUUCAUGCGUCGUGGGAGGUGGUUUCUCGGAUACUCCCCUGGGACCUUUAUUUUCCGAUACUCGAACUCUUUACCGUUCACUGAAGGACUGGACAUCAUGCCGAGCCACAUGAACUUCACAUAUGAAGGACAAGUCCCUCGAAGCUCCUAUGAGCACAAGCUACGCCUCAUGGCCCUCUGGAAACCAGCCUCUGAAAUCUUCAUCGGCUCGAUGACGCUUUUCUUAGGCGUAUAUCAUGCAGCCUACUACCCGAGACACGCAUUCCUACGCUCAAGAGUGGUGAUAGAUCCUGAUACUUUCAGACAAAUCCUAGAGGAUUGGACUUCCCUUUCCCGAAGUUUUGCGGUUUUUCCGACCCAAGACCACAAAGACAACAUUUGGAAACAUGGCGUGACCCAAGAGCUUGCGUGGCUUAUACUUCGACUCAAAGAUGUGCCUGAAGUCUACGAAGGUGUUCAGUCGCCAGACCUAGAGAUUCUUCUCACAGCUGCCACCGGUCUCUCACUGCAAGAUCUUGCAGGCCACUGGAACUCCAGGCUGGAAAGAAUGGCGUGGGAGCAUUUCCAUGGUGGGAAUCGUCGAGAUCUCUUUAUCUACGAAAACGAGGGGCAAUCGGUAAGUCUUCAACCUUCCAGCACUGUCUAUUCCAGCAACACUCAGAUUGAAAAUUCAAUUUGGUCUGGAUUGAGACAAUAA